UUGAAAAGAGCAGACAAAGGCUUUGAGCCCAGGACGCUCCUCUCUGCCUCUCGCUUUGCUCACAAAGCCAGCCCAAGUCGCUCUUUUCUGCUUUUUCUGUCAUGGAGCUGUUUUUGAGAAGCGGCGUUACGUGUGCAGAGUUUGUUUUUACUCUUUCUGUUUGAAAUGUACGACCGUUUAGAUCCCCGUUUGGCCGCGAGAGUAAGACGUUUUGUGGGUAUAAUACAAGGAAGCGUCGUCUGAGAGAGGGGGAAGGACUGACGCUUUUUCCUCCUCUCCUCCUCUUUCUUCCUUUCGCCCCCUCUCCUGCUCUUUUGGCGGAUAGAGGGGCAGAGGCGAGGAAAAGAAACCAUUUUUGUCUUUAAAAAAAAACAUUUGAAUCCUGCUGCGCAACCAACCGAUCACGUGGCACCAGAGAGAGUUGGAUCAAUAUAGAACAGUUAAGUGAGAGAAAAGGAAGAAACCCACAACUUCUAUUUCUUUUUCACUUCUGUGGACAACUGUGACUGCUUGUAGUUGACUUGCAGCAGUGCCGGACUGAGUUCUUCAUUUUUUUCUUCUUUGGAGGUGUGGAGUAUUGAUUCUUAUAUGCCUGGGUUUUGAAAAACAAUGGAGACGCACAUUUCGUGCCUCUUCCCGGAAAUUUUGGCCAUGAUUUUCAGUUAUCUGGACGUGAGGGACAAAGGCAGGGUAGCCCAAGUGUGUAUGGCUUGGAGGGAUGCAGCCUACCACAAGUCUGUGUGGAGGGGGGUAGAAGCCAAGCUGCACCUCCGCCGGGCAAACCCUUCCUUGUUUCCCAGCCUCCAAGCCAGGGGGAUCCGGAGGGUCCAGAUCUUGUCUCUGCGCCGCAGCUUGAGCUAUGUCAUCCAGGGCAUGCCUAACAUCGAGUCGCUCAAUCUGUCCGGCUGCUACAACCUCACGGAUAACGGGCUGGGCCACGCGUUCGUGCAGGAGAUCCCAUCACUUCGGGUUCUGAAUUUAAGUCUGUGCAAGCAGAUCACAGACUCCAGUUUAGGAAGGAUCGCUCAGUAUCUGAAGAACUUGGAAAUGUUAGAACUUGGGGGCUGUAGCAACAUCACCAACACUGGGCUUCUGUUGGUUGCCUGGGGCCUCCACAGACUCAAGAGCCUUAAUCUGAGGUCCUGCAGGCAUGUCUCAGAUGUGGGGAUUGGACAUUUGGCUGGCAUGACUCGUAGCGCGGCGGAGGGCUGCCUGAACCUUGAGUACCUGACCCUUCAAGAUUGUCAGAAGCUGACAGACCUGUCACUUAAACACAUUUCCAAGGGGCUGACCAAGCUGCGGGUGCUGAACCUGAGUUUCUGUGGGGGGAUCUCAGACGCUGGGAUGAUCCACCUCUCCCACAUGGGCUCCCUGUGGAGCCUCAACUUGCGCUCUUGUGACAACAUCAGUGACACAGGAACCAUGCACCUUGCCAUGGGCAGCCUCAGGCUCUCCGGACUUGAUGUUUCCUUCUGUGACAAGAUCGGGGACCAGACCCUGGCGUACAUCGCUCAGGGUUUGUACCAGCUGAAGUCCCUCUCCCUGUGCUCAUGCCACAUCUCUGACGACGGUAUCAACCGGAUGGUGAGGCAGAUGCAUGAGCUGAGGACCCUGAACAUCGGACAGUGCGUGCGCAUCACAGACAAAGGGCUGGAGCUCAUAGCGGACCACUUGACCCAACUGGUGGGCAUCGACUUGUAUGGAUGUACCAAGAUCACCAAGAGGGGACUGGAAAGGAUCACGCAGCUCCCCUGCCUUAAAGUGCUGAACCUGGGACUUUGGCAGAUGACAGAGAGUGAGAAAGUGAGGUGAUCAGUAAUGUUUGCUUUGUGUGUGAAUGCGUGUGUGUGCUCAUUAUUUGGAUUUUGUUGGAUGGAGAGGGAACACUCGAAGAAGGAGUUUGGGUGGAAAAUGGGCUGUUUUCUUAUUUAAAAAGAAAAAAAAACCCUCCUCGUUCCUUUUUACAAGAUGAACCUUUUUCACACAACAGCUUUCUGUUUCAAUGUUGCAUUUUUCUCUUAUUUUGUUGGCCUUGCAGGACUUUUAUUUUGCUAUGGUUUCAUUUUUUUUCAUAGAAAGCAAGCAAAAAGUUCAUAUAUCUUAAUAAAUAUUUUGAUUUAAUUUUAACUUUUAAUAUAUCAUGAAGUUUGACUUGAAAGCAAAUCAAUCAAUUGACAAUAUCUUGAGUGCUAAGAUUUUCAGAAGUUUGCAAAUCAAGCUGGCAUCCAUCCAAACUUAAUUUUCCUUUUUUUAUUUUUAUUUUUUUACUCAAAUCAAAGAGAGGCUGUUAAACAAUAGAUGUAUUUUUGCAAUGAGUUUGGAUUUGAUGACAGCCAUCACGCCUGAAAACAUGAGGCUACCUCGUAUGUGGUUAAUUUUUCAAAGGGUGUAUACUGUUAAAACGGAUCAAAAUGAAGUGAAGUGUAGAACAGGAGAAAAUGUGCCUAAAGGGACUGCGUCUGCCCCCUCCCCCAACCAACCAUCCCCUCCCUCUUUCCCUCCUUCGUUUAUGAGCAGAGGCAGAAAAAACGACAAGUACACAAUCUCACUACUGUUAAUUUUCUCAUUGUAAACAGCAACAAUUUAUCUGAAAGAGCUAGAAAAGUGCAGUCCGCCUGCAAGAACACACCGCUUUAUGCAAAACUCAAAAUACCCGCUAGUGUGCACAAGAUUUUGUUUCCGUCUUUCUUUGGGGGGUAAAGUCUAACUUUAUUGCCCCUUUGACCAACCUAAAGGAGACUAGAUUAGAGCCUAGCAGAAAUACCUGUAGCGAUUCUCUAAAGACAGAAAUCCAGAGGAAUGUUAAGCUACGUACACAUCGCCCUUGGCAACGCACGGUCAAGCGGCCACUUUUAAUGAAAAGUCUAUGUAAACACGCUAAAACUGAUGUUUUGGGACUCUGCAUUCAAAAGGGUCUAGGUACAAGAUGCACGAUCAAAAACCAGGUCAAACCUUGACCAAUCAGGGACUCAGAUUUUGUAGUGACGUAUGGACCAGUCGGAGAAACUCGCAAAUGAUGGCAAUCCAUUGCAAAGAUGCUAGCAAUGAACCGAACUGUUUCCGUUUUGUGUCGCAUUUGUGAGAUCAGCACUGCUUUGACGAGACUUUCGAAUCAUAGGUGGUGGACUUACGCUAGUAAACAGUAGAAAAAGAACAAGAAGCCCCUUCCUGCUUAUCCAGUGUGAACACUACGGGCUAAAUGCGUUAAAAAUGUGUGUUCCUGAACGCGCCUGGUGUGUACGUAGCUUUACAUUUAAAAACCAAGCUACACUAUUAACACAUUGUUUGUCCUUAUAGGAUUGCAAUGCUGUAGGUAUUUUUGUAUAUUUUUUGCUGAUGAAGAAAAAACAUGAGUACUUCAAAUUGAAGUGAUUUCUGUGUCUUACCCUUUAUAUUGAUAGAAACAAAUCAGGGUUCGUCUCUUUUCUUCUUAUAUUGAUACCAACACCACCUUGAUCAUAUUGCUCUCAUCAAUGCAGAGUGAGGUCCUUCUCCCCACCGCCCCAUCCUUGACCCCCACCCUGCCUGUCACCACCUCUCUGAAUAAAAAUACCCUUAAAUCCAUUCGGAGACAUGCUCAGAAUAAGGAGUAAUCGAUUAUUUUCCUUCGUCUCUUGUUACAAGCAUAACGCCUCUGUUCCUCUGUCCUUUCACACACACACAUUCAGGCUGUACACACAUGCACACGUGCACACUGAUGCCAGUGUGCACGCAUUUUUAAUGUAAUGCAAUGACCUGCUAGAAAAUGAAUAUAAGGAUGUGCGUCCUGCUGACAAAGCUGUGUGUGUUUGACAAUAAGAAGAUGUACUGUAUAUUAUGUGUUUGUAAAGAAGAAAAAAAAGGCAGAAUCCCAAAUGAAAUUGUUUUAUAUUCUUACGGUUAAAACAAUUAAAGAUAUUUAUAUAAUGAACUCAA